AUGCUUCUAGAGACUUGCAAAAGCUUUGAUAUUUUUUCAAACAAUAGACACCCACCAAAGUGUUUGUGCUUAGGUCUUGUUGAUGAUAUGGAUACUCAGCCAACACAAUAUGAAAAGCGUGAAGCAACUGAAGAUGAAGUCGAGAAUUUACGGCAUGUUGUUGACACAGUGCCAGGUGUUGUCUGGGUGGCUCUUGUAGCCGCUGCAGCAGAAAGGUUUACAUUCUAUGCUGUCACAGCUCCAUGGCAGAAUUACAUACAAAAUGAUCGUGGCAGUAUUGCAGUCCCAGGUGUUCUCGGACUUGGUCAAGCAACCGCUACAAAUAUAUCCAAUGCGUUUGCUUUCUUCUCGUUUUUGUCUCCUCUACCAUUCGCUAUUCUCUCAGAUGCAUGGCUAGGACGCUACAAAACAUUGUGCAUCAGUUUUUCGCUUAAUGUUUGUGGGUGUUUAGUGCUUUUUGUUACCUCACUUCCAUAUGUGACAAAGGAUUCCAUCAAAAUUGCUGGAUUGGCACUUUCUAUGGUUUUUCUGGGACUUGGAACAGGUGGUGUCAGAGCCACUGUCUCUCCUUUCAUAGGUGAUCAAUAUACAGUCUCAGCUCCACAGUUGAUAGUCACGAAAAAUGGUGAAAGACUCAUUGCAGAUCGAACGUUGACCCUUCAAUAUAUAUAUAAUGUUCUCUACUGGUUCACCAAUAUUGCUGGCCUGUCUCUGAUUGCUUCAACUUAUUUGGAGAAAGCUGUUGAUUUCUGGGCAUCUUACCUCCUGCGAUUGUGCUCAGUCUGGAUUUCGAUUCCUCUGAUGCUCUUUUGGCAGAAGAAAUUUGUCAAGCUCUCGCCACAGGGGAACGUCCUGCCACAGGCAGCAAAAGUCAUUGCAUGUUCGGCCCGAGAGCGAUUUCGAUUAGAUGCAGCAAAACCAGCAUUUCAAGCAGAGAAGUAUGGAAGGGAGGUUGAAUGGGAUGACCAAUUUGUCUCAGAGAUGAAAAGGGGUCUCAUAGCCUGUAAAGUCAUGGCGUGCUUUGUACCAUUCUACUUAUGUACAAGCCAAAUCACAAACAAUUUGGUCUCCCAAGCUGGUCAGACACGGCUGGGUGGAACCCCAAAUGAUAUGGUUCAGGCACUCAAUGCCAUCGCUUGUGUUCUUCUGGGCCCAGUAAUACAAAAGUUUCUCUAUCCUACACUUCAAAAGCAUGGAAUUGCAUUUGGACCUAUUGCUCGCAUGACUUCAGCAUUUGUUACAAUGAGUACCGCGAUGGCUUUUACCGCAGGAUUACAAAAGUUGAUAUAUAUGAGGGGACCAUGUUACGACCACCCGCUUGCUUGUCCAGAUUCGAAGAACGGCAGUAUACCCAACGACAUCAGUGUCUGGGCGCAAACACCCAUAUACAUCCUGCUAGCAUGUGCGGAGAUUCUGGGAUUUGCAACCUUAUCUGAGUACAGCUACUCCAAAGCACCCCAGGGCAUGCGCAGUUUGGUGCAAGCAUUGCGACAGGUAACCGCAGGUAUUGGAUCUGCAUUUGGCAUAGCUCUCUCACCACUUGCGCAGAACCCAAAGAUAUUAUAUCUAUAUACGGGAUUAGCAGUGGUGAUGAUUGUUGGUGCCCCAAUAUUCUGGCUGGUGUUCCGGGGUUACGACAAAAUCGAUGAGGAGCUCAAUGUCAUGGGAUCAAUUCAGCCUUCUAACAAUGAUCAUAUGGAGGAAACUACGUCUACUGUCCGUCCAUGA